AUGUCGUAUAGCUGCAAGGCCCCAUUUCAAGUCCCUGCACCUCCUGCGACGAAGCCCCGCCAGAAAGGAGAGCCGCCCGAAUCGGUACGCGAGUGCAAGGACGCGCCGGGAUCGAUACUCGCCGGCGAUGCGAGCUAUUUGAGCCCGGCGUUUCGCUGGGGCCGGUUCGGUACGUACCCGGGCGAGAUGACGACGGAGACGGCGGCGCCGAACCAGGCGGACGCCAGCACUGCGUUCCUGCGUGCUGCACGCGCGGGGCAAAUUGAGAAGAUCAUCAGCCUCCUUGAGCAAGGAGUCGAUAUCAACGUUAGCAAUGCUAACGGUUUGAAUGCAAUUCAUCUGGCUUCCAAAGACGGCCACGUAGAAGUGGUUCGAGAGCUACUUGAGCGCGGCGCUGCAAUCGACGCUGCAACUAAAAAGGGCAACACUGCACUGCACAUCGCUUCUUUGGCAGGGCAGGAGGCAGUUGUCAAGCUACUAGUGCAGAAUGGAGCCCAGGUCAACAUCCAAUCGCAGAAUGGCUUCACCCCUUUGUACAUGGCCGCUCAGGAGAAUCACGAUGGAGUGGUUAAGUUCUUGCUGGCGAAUGGUGCCAACCAGAGUCUCGCUACAGAGGAUGGAUUCACUCCUCUGGCAGUAGCUAUGCAGCAGGGUCACGAAAAAGUGGUAGCCGUUCUGCUAGAAGCUGACACCCGCGGUAGGGUCCGAUUGCCAGCCCUACACAUCGCGGCCAAGAAGGACGACGUGAAGGCGGCUAAUUUAUUACUGGAGAACGAGCACAAUCCGGACGUGACGUCGAAGUCGGGUUUCACGCCGUUACACAUAGCGGCGCACUACGGCAACGAGGCGGUGGCGCGUCUCCUCCUGGCGAAGGGUGCUGACGUGAACUGCGCGGCGAAACACAACAUAUGCCCGUUGCACGUUGCCGCCAAAUGGGGCAAAGAGAAUAUGGUAGCUCUACUGUGCGAUAAUGGUGCGAAUGUGGAGGCGCGCACUAGGGAUGGUCUCACGCCGUUGCACUGCGCCGCUCGCUCCGGCCACGAGCGUGUAGUCGAGACCCUGCUUGAUAGAGGCGCGCCCAUCACUAGCAAGAGCAAGAACGGCCUAGCGCCCCUCCAUAUGGCGGCGCAGGGUGACCAUGCGGAGGCGGCCAGGGUGCUCUUGUCCCGGCGGGCACCCGUCGAUGACGUCACCGUCGACUACCUCACCGCUCUGCACGUGGCGGCCCAUUGCGGGCACGCGAAGGUCGCCAAGUUGCUACUUGACAGAAACGCCGACGCCAAUGCUCGGGCUUUAAAUGGAUUCACACCCUUGCACAUCGCUUGCAAGAAGAACCGAAUCAAAGUCGUCGAACUGCUGCUUAAAUAUGGUGCAAGUAUCCAAGCGACCACGGAGUCAGGGUUGACACCGCUGCACGUUGCAGCUUUUAUGGGCUGCAUGAACAUCGUCAUUUACCUGCUGCAGCACGAGGCAAAUCCAGACGUGCCCACUGUCAGGGGUGAAACGCCGUUGCACCUUGCUGCAAGGGCCAACCAAACGGACAUAAUCCGAAUACUGCUGCGAAACGGCGCAGCAGUUGAGGCGAAGGCUCGCGAAAGACAGACGCCGCUGCACAUCGCAUCCCGCCUCGGAAAUGUGGACAUUGCAGUGCUGCUUCUGCAGCAUGGCGCUGACGUCAGAGCGAUGACGGCUGACCACUACAACGCCUUGCACAUUGCAGCCAAACAGCACAAUCACGACGUUGCUGCAGCACUGAUUGAGCACAACGCCCCUCUAACAGCUACCACUAAGAAAGGCUUCACUGCUUUGCAUCUGGCCGCUAAGUAUGGGAAUUUAAAGGUCGCCAACCUGCUCUUGGCCCAUGGCGCAUCACCUGAUCAAGCGGGCAAAAACGGUAUGACGCCUCUGCACAUCGCUGCUCAAUACGACCAGCAAGCUGUUGCUACCACACUGCUGGAAAAGGGGGCAGAUGCCAAGGCGGUCGCAAAGAAUGGACACACACCGUUACAUAUUGCGGCACGGAAAAACCAGAUGGAGACCGCAGCCACCUUACUGGAGUACGGGGCUCUGACCAACGCAGAGUCCAAAGCUGGAUUUACUCCUUUGCACCUUGCGGCUCAACAGGGCCACGCCGAAAUGUGCUCACUACUUCUCGAACAUGGCGCAGAAGUAGAUCAACAGGCAAAGAACGGAUUGUCCGCUUUCCAUCUCUCUGCUCAGGAGGACAGAGUCUCCGUGGCUCAAUUGCUGAUGAAGAACGGAGGACAGGUGGAUAUUUGUACGAAAGGAGGAUAUACGCCACUCCACAUCGCUAGCCACUACGGACAAGCCAACAUGGUUCGCUACUUGCUCGAAAACGGGGCAUCAGUGAAAGCUCAAACUAACCAUGGAUAUACCGCGCUCCACCACGCAGCACAGCAAGGGCACAUAAACAUCGUCAACAUACUUCUUGAACAUAAGGCGGAUCCAAAUGCUACUACAGUCAAUGGUCAAACUCCAUUGGACAUCUCAUCCAAACUGGGCUACGUCACAGUUAUGGAGACCCUUAAGGAGGUCUCAGACCCCUCCAUAGCGGCUGCUUCACAAGAGAAGUACAAGGUCGUGGCACCGGAGACCAUGCUGGAAACAUUUAUGUCUGACUCCGAAGAAGAAGGGGGCGAGGAUACAAUUCUCAACGAUCAGCCGUACCGCUAUCUGACGGUGGACGACAUGAAGUCCCUCGGGGAUGAUUCCCUGCCCAUUGAUGUGACAAAAGACGAGCGCACAGAAUCAGCAAUGAGCCACAAAAACAUCAUGGAGAUAUCUCAAGGAUCGGUGAACGGUAUACCUUAUCAGCCGCAACAAGAGGUGGUGGUAAAGAGCAUCAGCCAUUAUAGCACAGCGCAGGCACCUAAAGGAUACUGUUACAAUGUGGACCCGACGCAACCCAAGAAGAAACUCCAGUGGAAAAACUUCUUGGUGUCAUUCCUUGUGGACGCCCGUGGAGGGGCGAUGCGAGGAUGUCGCGGGGGUGGUGUCCGGGUCAUCGUGCCCCCGUUGUCUGCUCAACAACCGACGAGGAUUACGUGCAGAUACUUAAAACCCUCUCGCAUCAACCACAUGCCUCCCCUAAUGGAGGGGGAGGCUCUCGCGUCCAGAGUUCUGGAGAUGGGUCCGGUCUCCGCCAAAUUCUUGGGGCCUGUGAUACUGGAGGUGCCGCACUACGCUUCGCUGCGGGGCAAAGAGCGCGAGAUAGUCAUUCUGAGGUCCGACAACGGCACCAGCUGGCGGGAACACAACGCAGACGCGACAGAGGACGUGGUGCAGGACAUACUGCACGAGACAUUAGAGAUAGAAGAUGCAAACGAAGACGACAAAGGUUGGGACGCGCCACGGGUCACCCGAAUCCUCACGCACGACUUCCCGCAAUACUUCGCGGUGAUAUCGCGUAUCCGUCAGGAGGUGCACGCGAUUGGACCAGAAGGUGGCAUGGUAUCCAGCUCGGUGGUUCCUCAAGUACAGGCCGUUUUCCCCCAGGGUGCAUUGACCAAGAAAAUCAAAGUCGGCCUUCAGGCGCAAAUCAUUGAUUCGGAGCUGACUGCGAAACUUUUGGGCCGCGGUGUGGCUGUCUCCCCCGUGGUGACCGUGGAGCCGAGACGAAGGAAGUUCCAUAAAGCCAUCACCCUAAGCAUGCCCGCGCCACGACCACACACACAGGGCAUGACCAAUCAGUACAGCACCUCAUCGGCCCCAACUCUACGACUUCUAUGCUCUAUAUCAGCUUACGUGCUACCUACGCCAGCUACGACAUGCUACGUGUCUAAAGAAUUAAAUAUAUCAGGUGGAACAAACCGAGCACAUUGGGAGGAUGUCACUGAGAAUACACCGCUCACAUUCGUCAACGAUUGCGUAUCCUUCACAACGACAGUCUCCGCCCGAUAUUGGUUGAUUGACUGUCGUCAUGUCGAAGACGCUACUAAAAUGGCUACUGAACUGUACAGGGAGGCUAUACAUGUGCCUUUCAUGGCGCGUUUCGUGGUGUACGCCAAACGAACGGACGAGUGCCAGGCGCAGCUGCGAAUGUUCUGCGUCACCGACGACAAGGAGGACAAGGCCUUAGAGCGAAUCGAGCGCUUUAUCCAAGUCGCGAAGAGUCGGGAUGUAGAGGUGCAUGAAGGGAAACCAGUGUACCUAGAGUUCGGCGGCAACUUGGUACCAGUUGCGAAAUCAGGAGAACAGUUGUCGAUACCGUUCCGCGCUUUCCGCGAAAACCGGAUCGCGUUCCCUGUGAUGAUUAAGACCCAAGACUUGGAACCGAUAUGCCGCUGCCAGUUCAUGAGGGAUCCUAAGGUCCCUAAGGGAGAACCUUCACCUUCACCGAUCGCAGUUCUAAAUAUCAUGGUGCCUGACGAUAUCCCAGCUGAGAGGAUAUCUCCCAUACAAGCUGAUACUGUUCCACGUCGUACUGAAGAACAGGAACUCAUAUGGCAGCAAAGGCUCAGUGAUCCGAGGUUGGAAGAUAUCUGUAACCUGCUUGGAAAAGACUGGGUUGCACUAGCCUAUGAGCUCGGUGUCAGCGUUGCCACCGUUAACCAAAUCCAAGCAAAGAGAAUAACUGCUGCGGAACAAGCUCAACUCAUGUUGAAGCUCUGGAAGACUCAAUCUGGGACUAAGGCACUGGAUAACUCAUUAGAGCUGGCUUUAUGUCGAAUCGGAAGAGAUGAUAUUAUAGCUCCACAAUCUGAAAUUACUAAUGAAAGACGUAUCCAACGUAAUAUCUACCAAGAGAGGCAAGCUUCUGAAGAAAUUGAAGCCUAUAAAGCGGAAGAAGAUAAUAAAUUAAAGGAAAAAAUAGACGAUGACAAUAAUAUUGCAGAACGAUUGCCCAACGAAUGUGAACUAGAUCAGGACGAAGCUAAAUAUUCGCCUGAAGAAAAGUCAUUUGUUGACAAAAGUGAAAUUGAGAGAACACCUUCACUAAGCGAAGAUAGCGAAGAAGAUGAGGAUGUGAAACGCAGCGUAGCUGAGAGAAAAGAACAAAUAACUAAAAAACUUAGUUCAAGCAAAAUUCCAGCUUCAAAGCAGAAAAAAGAAAUUCGUGAAGAGAUUAUUGAAAUUAAAACUCAAAUAAAACCAGAUAUAAAAAAAUUCCACGGUAUCGAACAACAGGCUAAGGAUAAGGAAACUAAACCGGUAUCGAAAACUCCAUCAGAAACAGUUGAAGACGAGAAAGAAAUUGUAGACACCAACGAUUUAUUAGAAACUAAAACAGAGGAAAUAAAACCUGAAAAACUUGUAGAACAAUUUAGAAAGUUUGACCCAUCAUCUCCAGCUAAACCGACACCAAAACAUCUUCAGCGUCACAUGAGAAAUGAAUCUAUGAGAUUUCCAUCGGGAGACUUCUCCAACGUCACAAUUACACCUCGUAAGACUAUUACAGUUGAAGCUACGGAAACUCAGAAAGGAAUUGAUGUAAAGGCUGACUCGCACAUGAAGGAAACUUUACUCAUCUCACAAAAAGAAAUAGAUAGCGCAAAAUUGAAAGAGAAAUUAGAUGAUGGUGAUAAAUCUCCAGAAUUAGUAAUGGAAUAUACUGAAAAAGACAUAGCUGAAGCACCAUUAAGAGAUAAAAUAAGUUCAUUCGAAUCCAAAAUAUCCAAAGAACCCACAUUCGAUGCAACAAAAACCGUAAAAUUGACCAAAGAAGCCUUAAAAAAACAUACACUUGAACAAGACAGAAGCAUUGAAUACACCCAAGAAUUCGUAAGAGAUCAAUCAAAACAAAUAUCUGUUGAAACACAUAAACAGAGCAUUCAACAAACUUUUGAAACUGAGAGACAUAUCGAAACUGUUAAAUCGGUUAAAGACACUAUUCAACAUUUUGAUAUAAAAAUAAAACAAGAAGAAAAAGCUAAGCCAUUUCCCAAAACUAUGAGAACUGACUCUACCCUUGUACAAGUGUCGUCUGAAGAGGAUAGUGAGUUUUUGAAAAAAUCUACCGAUUCUGAAACUGAAACUGAAUCACAGACUACAAUAAAAAUUGAAAAGGAUAAACUAAAGUCAAAAAUAGACCAGCAAGUAUUUGAUGAAAAGCCACAUGUUAAACACGAAAGGGAAACCAAACCGAAAAAGGAUCAAGAUAAAAUAGAAAAAGACCAUGAUCAAAAACCAGACGAUGAUAGUGAUAAAAAGGAUGGCGCAAUGGUGUCAAUCAACAACAUAAAAAUUGAAAAGCAACUGACGCAAGAGCUAAGAAGUAAAGUAAGUGAAGAGGAAAUCACAGAAAAUGUAGAGCUAAAAGAAGUUUCAAUAGAAGACAAGGUUGAAACACAAGGAUCAAUAGCAAGUACGAAAUCUGACAUUAGCAAACAUACAAAAACCGAUUCAAUGGGUUCAGAUGUACAAGGUUUAAUCGGGCACAAGAUUUCGCAAGAUUCCCCGGCACAAUCUGCUAUAGAGAAAGCAGAUUCAAUCGCCGACUUACAACAAAGUACUGAAAAAGAUGUGAGCUUUAUUUCACAAACAGAAUCUAAGGUAUACUCAAAACCUAGAAGCGAUUCUUUGGACGAAGCCUCACAAUUUUCCGAUUUAGAAGACCAACUAGGAACAAGUCCUGCACAUAAGCCUAUUGCCGACAAAGAAUUGUCAGAUACAGCUUCUAAAUACGAGGAUAAAGUUCUUUCAGUUACUGUAGCUGAGAGUGAGUUUAAGACAAGCAAAGAACAAACAAUACAAUUCCUAAAAUCAGAAAUAACAAACGAUACACUGUUGCCAACGCCAUCAGUCACACUUAAAGAAACAGAAAUGACAUCUCUUAAAGAAUCGCCUGUUAUAAGCGCUAAAGCAAGACAGUUUAUAGAAACUGUCCCAGAAGAUGACUCAGUACAAGAGUGUUUUUUCUCGAAACGUAUUUAUUCAGAUUCCUUGGAAGAUUCGGAACACACUGACUCUAGACGACAUUCUGAAGCCGAUUCAUUAAAAUCAGACCAGUCUGAUUUUAAAGCUAAAGUUUCUUCAUCUGACUUUGAUGAACGAGCAGAAUAUGAAGAAACUGCAGAUUCAGGCAGCGGGUUUGGUGAUGAAAAAUUUGAGGAAAGUGUAGGAUUUACAGCAAUAAAAAUAGAUCCAAAAGCUCUUGCAUAUGAUAGGCGUGAUUCUGAUUCAGAUAAAGUUGAAGAAACUGAAACAAUAUUUAAAAAAGUGGUACCAAAACGACAUUCUAGGACAGAAUCCAUUUCUAUUUCAAAGUUAAGUGAUUUAAAACUUGACAUUGAGUUGUCAAAGCCAAGCAAACAAGAGUUUCAAGUAAUAGUAACAGAAGCGGAAGAAAUAGACAAGUCUUUUGAAAGAGAUGAAGCAUCAGAAAAAAUAUCAUCCGAAAGCAGUAGAGAAGUUGAAAUAUCCGACAGAAAGUCUUCAGAGGGUAUCUCAGAUAGGAUUACUUCUGAAGAUGCAGUAACUGAUAAGAAAACAUCGUCUGAAGAAGAGGUUUUGAAAGAAGACGAAAGGUUAAUGGACCAAGAAUCAGACAAAGAUAAACAAUUUACAAUGAGUUUACAAAAAACAGAUAUUAAAUCGACAAAAGAAGAUAUUGUGACUAAAGUCGAUGUUGAAAAACGCCAAUCUGUAACAUCUGCGGGUUCUAGUUCUAUAAGUGAAUUACGUUUGGAAGAAAAAAGACCGUCAGAUGCUCACAGCCUUACAGAGUCAAGGGAUUAUACAUUUGAAGAAUCUGAAGAUGAUAUAGCUACACAAGGCACCCAUGUUGAUAUAUUAAAAGAGAAGUCAGAUACCAAAGAAGAUAAAAUAUUAGAAGGCUCGGUUAAAGCCGUUGAAUCAUCGAGACCCUCAAAGCUGACACAUGGAGACUCAUUAGAUGAUGUAGAAGGAUUUCCUGAAGAUCAUGCUGAAUAUGUUCACAAAUUGCCACAUAUUUCUGAAACAGGAUUACAGGGAGAUAAGAAUAUUUUACAAGAAUUAAGUAAAGAGCACCAUGACCAAUCAAAACAAGCAGAUAAACCAACAACAUACAAAACUAUUACUAAAAUCACUCAACCCUUAAAGGAAACCGUUGAAGAAGAGGAAAUUACCAAAGAACGAAUAAAACCUGUAAUUGAUGACAUAUUACAAAAGGGAACAACUGUCGCGACCGCUAAAAGCCCAGUAUUAGAAAAAGAUAUUAAAAUAAUAACAAAAGAAAUAGUUGAGUCUGAAAAACGGUCCUAUGAUGCAAAAGUUCCGCAAAAAGAGGAAAGAAGACAUUCUUGUAUUAGUCCAGCGAUUUCACUCGAACGAAUAGCAGAAUCUGAGGUUGAAACAGAAGAAGAUAUAUCAAAACCAUUAAAAACCGGGGUUACUGAAACAUUUAAAGAAGAUAUCCAAACGGGAAUAAAGAAAUCUGAUUCAGCUAUGAAACAAAUGGCUGAUAAUAUAGAAAUUAUUAUUAAACAAGCAUCUGAGGACGUAGAUCUAUCGUUUGAAGAAGUGCAUUUGGUAGAAGAAAUCAAUGUUGAGAAACCAGAGGCACAAGACCUCGAUGGAAAAGUUUCCGUAGACUCUAUUAUAGAAGAGGCGGUAAAUACAGUUCAAGAAUAUCUAGAAUCAAAAGACAAAGAAAUAGAAGGGAGAAUAUUAGAAGAACACUUACAAGACGAUAGUAAACGCUCUAUAAAGGAAAGGCCAAGUUUAAUGAAAUCUCUUUCGAGGGAUAGUGGUGAAGUUAUUAUUUUACCAAAAAAGAAACAAACUCGAACAUUUUCUGUUCAAAGUUCUCCAGAAGAAGUUGAAGAACAAAUAUAUACUGAUUCAGAAUCAGAUAUGGAUAAAGCAAAAGUUUUAGAAAUAAUAGAACCUUCUUCUGACAUUGAUGGUAAAAUUCCAAUUUCCAGUUUUGAUACAAGAAAAUUAAGAACAGAUUCACUUGAUGACGCCGACGACAUUCCAGAUAAAGAGGCUGAAGAUUUUGCCGAAGAAAUUAAGUGUUUUGAUCAAGCUGAAUCAUUAAAUUUAGCUAAAGAACAAAGAAGACGUGAUAAUCUUGAAUCCCAAGUAGCGAGUACAAGUGCUUUGCAAAUGGAUAACGAAGACGAAAAGUUAUCAAGUAAAAUUGUUAAGAAAACUCAGUUUGUCGACAGCGUAUUACGAACUGAUUUGGUGUCCAAAUCUACAACUGAAUCUUCAGUUACAACAGUUAUAUCAACGUUAACUAAAUCAUCUGACGAAGAUCAAAAAUCAGUAGUGGAGGAUGGUACAUCAGCUGACUUUUCUAAAAUUAGUGGUGCUGAUUUAGUUAAAGAUCUAUCUAAAACUUCCUUAGACGGAAAAGAAGAAUAUAAAAUAGAAGAACAACUUGAAGACAGAGUAUACACGCCAGAUUUAUCCAAAAAAUCCAUCGAUUUAACUAAAGAUUAUUCAAAAUCCUCAAUAGAUAGUAAAGACACUUCAAGAGAUUUUGCUACGAAUGAGUUAUCUAAAGAUUCAACGGCAGAUUUAACAAAAGAUUUCUCUAAAGCAUCUAUUGAAAGUGUUAAAGAAUCCUCAAAAUCAAUUGACGAGAAAACUUUUUCAGAGGAUCAUUCUUCAUUUGACGUAUCUAAGACUUUGGCAUCGGAUGUUUCCGAAGGAAUCACGAUGAGCAGAGAAUUCUUAGAAGAAGAGAGAUCAUUGUCAAAAGUGAUUAAAAUAUCUACAAGUUCCUCACAAGGAACCUCAGUUUUAACAGAGAGUAAAGUUUGUAGUGAUCAAGAAUCUUUUGGAAAAACAAAAACUUUAGAAAAACAUUAUGCUGACGUCCAGGAAACAAGUGAUAUUGAGAAAAACGCUUUACUUUUGACAUCGAAGGUAGAGGAAUAUAGUGUAUAUGGUACUAAUACUUCAAUCAAAGGCGAUGAUGACGAUAAAAAUAUAAUCUCUAAAGAAGACACCACAGAUGAACCCAGUAAUGAAGAGGAAGAUAUGCCCGAUAUGAAAGAAUUGAAUAGACGGUGUUCUAACCUGUUGGAAGAUAUAUCAUCACAGGGCGCCUUAAUAAGAAUUGAUUCAAGCCAUGUCACACACGACUUGACCUCAAAAUUUUCUAAAACACCACCACCAUCUCCUGUUGAUUUAAUAUUAAAAGACAAAGGCAAAAUGGGUGACAACUCUGACGAAAAGCAAACCGGGAUACAACUCAAAGGUUCCGAAACUUCAUUCCUGGAUGCAAACAGGCAGUCACCUCGGGCUUCUUCUGCAGGAGAUAGUGUAUUAAGUGAAACAGAAGCCCAUCAAAGUGAAACACUGACUGAAGCGUCGAAAGUACUAAGUGCGGCUUCAAGACCCAAAUCACCAACAAAACACCUAUCGGAUAACCUAUCAUUUAUUAAUGUAGAUCAACCAACUAUUACCAGUGGAGCUAUUGAACUUGUUGAUCGUACUAUUGAGAAAAGUAUAGACGUUAUCGAUCAAAUAAAAAAAGAACAAAUUGCCGUCAAAAUGGAAGAGAUGCAAAGGUUGAUACCAACCGAUAACUUUUAUUCGAAGUCAGUAGUCGAAACCUCAACCUCAUCGUCAUCAAUUCAUAAAACUGUAGAAGGUGCAGAAUUAAAAUUUCAAAGCAUUGACCCCGAAUCAGUUAUGUCAGAUAUGGUCGCUAAACUUGGCAAUGUGCAGGAUGACUUUAGCACGAUACUAUCUCACAAAGAAACUGAAACCAGAAAAAUCUCUGGACAAGAGUUUUACUCUGAAACCAAACAUGUUUCAUCGUCCGAUGAUGACUCUCUGGUAAUAAAAACGGAAACAAAGCAUGAGUUAAGAGGCCAAGAGCAUGAAGUAAAACAAAAAUCUACAGUGCGAAAAGAUGGGGACCAAACAGAAACGUUGGAAAAGAAGUUAGAGAAAGCACAUGAAGCAACAGCAAAAAGAUCGGAUGUCGAAACGAAAACAGUCUUUAAGAGCACAGAUGAUACUGAUAUUAUUAAAGUGGAACGAGAAUUUACAGAACAAGGCCUCUACACAGGAAGGCAGACUAAAUCAGAAGAAAAAAUGACUGCUAUUAAAGACGAAACCGUAAAAAAAAAGCAAGAGGUUAAAAUUUCUGAAAGGGAGAUGUCCCAUGAACAAUGGGGCAAAGAAUAUUUUACUGAGCCUGGAGAACUAGAAGAUGUUCAAGAAACUGACGAAAAAUCUCGGGUAGCUUUUGUUGAUUCAUCUUUGAAAAUCAUUGAGAAGGAUGAAGUAGUCUCUACAACAGAAAUUUCUGAAAAAGAUGCUUCAGAAACCCUUGUUCCUUCGGCGAACGAAUUAAAAGAGGAAUUAAUGGAGAGUAGUACCUACGUGGAGCAAUUUCUUCAUGAAGCAGAAAAGGAAGGAAUAUCUAAAACAAAAGAUAUCAGUGAUGAAGAAAUUUCUGGCGAAGAUGAAGAAAAUAAAGAUGACAAUAUUGAGCCACUUGGCAAAAUGAAAAGAUCUCAUGAAAUGCGGUUUCAACCGAAAGAAAUGAUUCCAGAACAUUUUCCUUUGGAAGGAACCUCGGAAAGUAUUGACUUAGACGAUGAUUCAUCUAAAGAUAAAGAAGGAUCUGAUACCACGAUUUCUAGUCAACUUAAGACUGAUGAGAUUUUAUCGUCAUCCAUUUCUAAACUAGAUGCAUCAUCAUUACAAUCACAGCAUGAAAAAGAGGUGGUAGAAGAGGACCUAAAAGAACAAAUAAUUGUAAAACAUAUACGGGAAGAAGAGGCUACGCCAUUUCCGGUAACCAAAAUAGACAAACCUCCACGAAAAAUGGUGGAUGUUGAUAGUCAAAUUAUACCGGUCGGCUCAACAGAAUAUAUAGAAAUAAAUAAAUUUGGAUCUGUAACAACACAAACGAAAAGCACUGCUGAAAGCCCGGUAGUUAAGACAGAAAUUCAAACGCAAGAAAGUACCCCAAAAGAGAAUUGGGAAAAAAGUGAAGUCACGGAAGAAUGUAUAAAAAAAACUGUAACAGAAGUAAGUGCAGUACCAUUCCCUAUUACAGAAAUACCACCAAGUCAAAGAGAAUUUGUAGAUUUUGAAGCCGAAAUUAUACCUGUAGGAACAAAGCAAUAUGAAGAAAUAUCAAAAUCAAAAAGUGACUCCUCAGUCCCCAAAACGAAAGCUGAAAAAACCAAUAUAAUAAUGUCUGAAAGUCAAUUAGAAAGCAAACAGAGUUCUACAUCUAGCUUAAAAACUCACGAACACAUGUCCACUCCACAUACACCUUUGUCUGCCCCAAGUCAAAGCUCAUUAUCGACAGAAAAUGGUCGUGAGUACGUUUUAGAUGACAUUUACGAUAUCUCGGAAACACCUGAACUAAAAUCAGAAAUAGCAAAUGAAAGCAGUCGAUCAGAGUUAGUUGUGACGACUGAAGAAAAAACGUUACGUUCGCUUGAGAAGGAACAAGAGUCUCCAACUAGUGAUGAAUUUGAAAUAGUUGACAAGCCGAGUGAAAUAGACGAUUUUGUUGUAAUAGAAGAAGUUGCUAAAGAGGCCCAAGAAACAGACCCUGAGGGAAAAAGCGUCAAAAUAGUAUCUCAUAAGUAUGUAAAACGACACGAUGAUGAAGUUGAAGAAUACCUAUCAAAAACUUCUAAGAAACAAGAUAGUAGCAGUGCAUCAGGAUCCUUAUCCGAUGAAGAAUUGCUUCAAUAUGAAAUAGAACAAAAAAAGCUACAAGCUCAAGAAUUAGCUGAAAUAGAAGCUGGUAAACGAUGGAUACAGAUGCAAUUUGAAGGUGAUCCGAGAUACGAUUAUGAAAGAAUACCACUUGAAGACAUUAAAGAAGAAGAAAUGACUGAUUUCGAUGCCAGUAGAAUUGGAAGUUUAAGUUCUCAAAAAGAAUCUAUUGGAAGUUAUGGAAGUUUCAGAAACUCUUACGGAAGUUUAUCAGAAUCUGAAAUGGCUUCUCGAAUUAGAUUCAGAGUACGCGGAGAGAACGAUGAUAUAUCUAUAAGUUCACUACAAGAAUUCGAAAACUUAGAAAGAGCUUUAAUGGAGCAAUAUCAACAGCACUCAUCAUCGUCCCAAGAUUCUCUAAAUGGAUCUUUACCCCGAAGAUACAUACUUAGCAGGAGUCAAGGUGAUGAUAUGUCUGUGUCCAGUCUUAAAGAGUUUGAGGGAUUGGAGUCUGCUUGCUUAGAAGCUUUAAAAGCUGAAAUCCUUGCGAAACAAAAAGAGGCCCUGUUACAAGCUGAUCCCAAGAUAGCGACAGGGAGCUUCUUAGAACAAGAAAAACGGUCUUACAGCAGUAGUUCUGACAGUAGCCCUCCAUUAAAAAGUGGAAGUCCAGGGCAAAAAACUGGGAGCCCAUCCCAAAAAGGUGGAAGCCCUUCGCAAAAGAUUGGCAGUUAUGGUAGUCCAUCCCAAAGACUUUUAGCUGAUUCAGCUGCAAUUAGAAAACUUAUUGAUCAACAAAUGGCAUUAGAGCAAAGAAUUCAGGAACAUAUGACACCAAAAAUUGUUACAGUACAAAAAUAUGAUGAACGUGGUGCAUUUUUUGUGCCAGUUCCUGAACGGGAAACUUCUGAAGAUAAGAUAACAGAAGCUGUUGAAGAAUGUAAAAAGUCGUCUUCAUUUGUAUGCGCUGCGGCUCCCAGUGAUGGUUCUGCGGAGUCAAUACCUGGAGAUUGCGAAGAAAUGAUGAAAAUACUAGAUCAAGAAGAGAAAAUUAAACGGCAUCAACAGCAACUUCAAGCUAUCUCUAGAACUUUUUCAGAGAGUGGCGGGGUAAUUGAAGUAGUUCGAACAACGACUGUAAUCCAACAAAGAUUUGUUGACGGCAAAAAGGUGUCAGAAACGGUUACGAGCAUGGAUAACGAUGGUGCAGUUGAUAUACCCUCAAGACCGUUGCAAUAUGAUGACAGUUGCAUGUCGUUAGGUUCAGAAAUGUCAUCCUCAUUAGCUUCACAACCUUCAGAAAUGGACAGUUUAAUGACGGUAAUGGAGAAACACUCAGACGGUGACACCAUGACGGUUACAAAACACACUAUCACUGCAUUGUCGGACAAGCCUGAGGACCUGGAUUUCUCUCGUGAAGGGAGCUCUAUACGGGAGCUAUCACCCUCCUCCGGGAGGUCGGUAGCUCACAGCGUCACCUCAUACUCUGGCAAACACUUUACAGAUCCCGCUAGCGGCUCAUGGAGCUGUCAAGAUGAGGAGCUGAGCUCUUCGGGAAGUUUUAGUAGAGGAGCUCGUGCAGACUUGAUGCUGGGUAGCACUGACAGUCUGGAAGCAACAAGUUCUAAUGCAACAAGAGCUACAUUUAACUACGAAGUUGAUACGCCAAUGACAGGAAGUCUUACUUCUGGAGGGUCCAAUACUAUGGUCUCAUCCCUGGACACACUGGACCCAAUUACCGCAGUACAAAUGGAGAGUUUGGAGCACCAAUCCAGUGAACAACAUUCUCAUGACUACGAAGUACAACCAGACCAAGAUACUGAAAAAUUAGAUGCCGAUGGACGGACACCAAAAGCUAAAGAGCGUACAAUAAUGUUCGAUAGCACUGAUACUCUAAGUGUGGUCAGUGCAGACAGCUCAGUUAGAGAAGCGACAAUUGAAGCACCGGCACCCACGUUCUACAUCGGCGAUACACCCAUACUAAGGGGAGAGAAAAAAGAAGACGACUCUCCGCAACCCGUUCUCUCAGGGAGCUGUCCAGCAUCAUUGCCCCCUACAACUCAUUCUUCUCCACCAAUUCCAGCUCAAAGAAGAUCUCUCACAAUGAUAGCAAAAUCGCCUCUGUCGAGUCUCGAAGAAGUCGCUAAAAAA